GUAAAACCAGACAAGAAAAGCAACAACAAGAGAAAUAAUACGCCAAUGGAAGAAGCAAAUGCUGAAGCUUCAGGAAGUAAGAUAAACCCACAGAUAGUAAUAUUAACAAAUGAAAAAAUAAUAGAAGAUAACGUCAAUACAAACACAGAAGUUAUGGAAGAAAUCGAAAGUAGAAAUAACGAAUUACAAGAAGAUAGUAAAAUGACUACCAGUCCGAAUGGCGCAGUAACUUCAACGCAAAAAAAUAUAAAAUCUGAACCUACGCAAGAAAAAUCAUGGAAAAAAAUAUCAGACAAUAGAAUGAUUUCUGCAUUAUACGAUAAUGAAGAAGAAAUGGAAAAGAGCAAUGUGAAACUGUGGAACGUGCCGUUGGGAAUGAAAAACAAAGAGCUCAAAGAAGACCUAGAAAAUAAAUAUGGUGAAAUAGAAAGACUAACCAUGAGAGUCAAUAACAUGUGGCAAUCUGCAGUUACUAUUUUUAAAGAAAAAGAAGAUGCAAAAAAAGUCAUGGAAAAAUAG